GCAAUGCUUCGAGGAAUGCGAGUGCUAGCUGUGACGUUUGACUGACUCUAGGCUAUAAGAUCGGCAUUAGAAAACCACGUUAAAGCCCUCGGGUGGAAGCGCGUCGCACACAGGAUCGACAGGUGGCCAAAUUACAGCUUUUGAUUACAAGCUGUCGCCGGGUUCGGCCCAGCAUACUCGGCCACGCAGACAGUGUCCAGGAAAAGCGAAGGGCCAACGAAGGCACCACUUUAAGGACAGACACGUCACCAGACGCAGAAAAUCUGUAUUGUUAGCAUAGGUUAUUGUUACCGUAUAGCGCCCAUGACGUACGUGUGUGUUGUCCUUCGCGGUUGUAUCUUCGAGCUGCUUUGACCAUAUGUUCUUAAGCAACCAUCGACUGGCCCAAUGAGUCCACCCGAAGGACACGUCGCAGUCUUGCCGACGGGUGGUGGUGGCAACACUGUCUUCCGGUUCGGAGGAUCCGCGUGAUGCUAGCCUGUUCGGGCAUCGAGUUCGUGUCCCGCACAGCCUGGGGCGGCCGACCGCCAAAAGGCUGGGAGAAGCUCAAGGUUCAACCCGUGCCGCGCCUCUUCGUGCACCACACCAAAGGUCCGGAAUGCUUCGACUACCGGAGCUGUUCGGAGAGGAUGCGUCACUGGCAGAACUUCCACAUGGACACUAGAGACUGGUUCGACCUCGGCUACAGCUUCCUCAUUGGUGGCGACGGAAGGGUGUACGUGGCACGGGGUUGGGAUGCAAGCGGCGCCCACACCAAAGGAAACAACGAAGACGCGCUCGCCGUGUCCUUCAUCGGCGACUUCUCGCGCCACCUGCCGACACCACGGGCGAUCGGGGCGCUCACUAGGCUCCUGCAAUGCGGCGUCGCUCUGGGCAAGAUCCGCGCAGACUACACCGUGCACGGUCACCGCGACGCCAACUGCAGGACAUGUCCGGGCGACGCCCUGUACGCCUACAUCUCUCGGUGGAGGCGCUUCGGCGGCAGAGUCAACAACUACAUCUGCGAGACGCCUGGUCACACCGAACCGAGCGUGCCCCACUGAGCCGACCCCGACGAAAAUAUUGGUCUCAUAAUGAAAAUACUUCACCAACAAA